GGAGGAGGAGGUGCGAGGGGAGCGAGAGAAUAAAACCGGCAACGCCGCCGUUGAAACGCCGGCUCCGUCGAGAAAUCCCGCGGUCGUUUGGUGGAGCUGCUGAGAUUGCAGCGAGGCCGGUGGAAGGAAGCAGGGACUCGGGCAGCUCUCCGUCCUCCUCUGUAACCCUAGCGCCUUUUAAAUCGAGCUCUACUCAGUGGGGGCCAUGAGGAGUUUGCCGUAUUUCUGCCGCGGUGAAGUGGUGCGGGGAUUUGGCCGAGGCAGCAAGGAGCUGGGGAUCCCUACAGCAAAUUUUCCAGAUGCUGUUGUGGAGAACCUGCCAGGAGACAUCACUACUGGUAUAUACUAUGGCUGGGCCUGUGUCGGUCAUGGAGAUGUGCAUAAAAUGGUCAUGAGCAUUGGUUGGAAUCCAUACUAUAAAAAUACAAAAAAAUCUAUGGAAACACACAUCAUUCAUACUUUCAAGGAAGAUUUUUAUGGAGAAAUUCUGAGCAUAGCUAUUGUUGGAUAUAUCCGAGCAGAGAAAUCUUUUGAUUCAUUAGAUUCCCUAAUUACAGCCAUUUACAGUGACAUAUCUGAGGCAAAGGAGAAACUAGAUUUGCCAGAAUACCAAAGUAUGAAGGAUGAUAACUUCUUCAGAUCAAUUGAAAACAAUAUAAUGAAUGGCCAUUGACCAAGUUGGAACCAGAGCUUGUGUAAUUUUUUUUCUCUUGUAUCAUUUAAUGUGUACUUUAGGAAUUGUUCAGCUUGCUGAUUUAACUGUGCUAAUUCCUGACCAGAUUUUCCUUUUGAUAUAUUUAGUACAGAACUGAACUUGUCCUUAAAGUUAAUAAUAUUUACAAAAUGUAUUUGGAUACUUGUGAAUGUAGCUUAAAUUUUCUAGCUUUGCAUUUGCAACUUACUUGACUACUGAAAUCCAAGUGACUGCUAUGUUUAAUUUUUAGGGAAUUAUAAUUGUUUAAAAAAAGUUAUACCAUAAGUUGGCUGGAAGUUCUUGUGGUUAUAGUGAGUGACUGCUUAAUGUGCCUUUUAUUGAUACCUGUUUAUUUAGAUGAGGUAUAAUUCAGUGGGUUCAGUAUGUUAAUAUAGAGGAAUGUCAAAUAAGCUUGUUGAGAAUGAUUCCUAAUAUCUUUUGGCAAUUUAUCAUGUAUUUUUUCAUUACUUAUAACAUUUGUUCAGGUAGAAAGAAAAAUAUCCUCAGCAGUUUUUGUUACCUGAAGAUUGUCAUGUUUUUUUCCAAAUUCAGUGCAUUGUUUGUAGAGAGAUUGUUGCAUUUAUGAUGGUAGCCCUUUAGUACCCUAGUCAAGUGAGAUUCAUUGGCUUAGGCUAGAAUGUGACUUGAGAAAUUCUUCACCCUUGCAGCAUAUACUGUAACUGAUGUGAGUUUUAUCUAUGCACUUCAUUGGGAACUAUCAUUGGAUUGUCAUGAGGAGAACUGUUGACAAAUGCCUUCAGUCGUCCCACAACUGAGAUAUCACUGUUGAAUAUUAAGAAUUUGUAGAGAAUGAACUUGGUACUUGUAGUGUAUUCCCGAACAAUAUGAUCUAUUUGACGAAUGAGUCAACAGUGAAAAGAUUACUGCUGCUCUGGAUUAUGGCACCAUUACUGCUUGACCCAGGCCAUCUUCUACUGGGGAAGAUUUCAUCCUUAAACUCAUUGGUUUUGGAUAUUCAAUAGGUUUUAAAAGAGUAUGUAAAGAUCUGAAUUUGCCUGAUGUCAGCUUACUUUCCCAGCACAAGGUAAAUCAUGCAAGCAACUCUUACUUUCUAGUAGCCCAUUACAACUUUGUUUUCUUCAGGAUCUUUCAGAUUUUUGUUUUGCAUUAAACAUAAAAAAAAAACCAGAAACAUCCUUGUAAUUUUGUCUUUAUUAACUUGCUCCCUAUCAGUUUAAAAUAUAUUCUUUUGCUGCUAUUUCUGCUGGUUACAAUCAGAAAUGCUAGCAAUUACUAUCUAGGCAUUAUGGGUCAGCCAUCUGCUUACUGCAUUAAAGUCUUUUCCUUGGCCACUGGAAAGUACUGCUUAUCAAUCAGAUAUCAUCAAAUGUUUUCUUUUUGGCAGUGUGUUUUAUAGUGUAAUGUAGAUUAGCACUUAAUAAAUGUGCAAUCUUUCUAUGAGAGAAGUCUCAACACCUAUUUCAUUUACCAUCCUAUCUGGCACAGAUUGAAAUAAAUUGUCACAUGGAUAACACUGCAUAAAAAUAUGAGAGAAUAGCCUAUUCCUGAUGGAGACCUAGGCAUCUUUUCAACCUUGGUGCCUGCCUGUGAAUAUUGUCCAUCUGUGGUGAAGCUUCAUAGUUUUCCUGUUGAGUGCCACAAGAAUAAAUCAUAAAGUAUGUCCCUCUCUGUCCAACACUGUUCUCUGUGGGCUUUGAGAGGUCAAGUAUCACCACUGAUUCUUAUCAUCACAGAGUAAUAUCAUCUUUGGCUCUAGGUGCCCUUUUUUAAAAAAAAGUUAUUCCAAGAUGGAGUUUGGAAAAGAUUUGGUGAGUGAUUUUCUCCUACUAGAUUUUUUCAUCCCCUUUUUAACUGCAGGCAUUUCUCUGCAUUAGGAGAAAGUACCAACUCUUGCUGGUGUGCAGCUGAAGCUUACAUUGUAGAAAUUGAUUUUGUCAUGAGAACAUUUGUGAAGUUAUUACCAUCUUAAAACAAGAGUUGUCUCAAGUUCCAGCAGAGUGGAAAAACCUAAAUUAACAGUGGGAAUUGGUCCUUGCUUUAUACAACAGUUUUUUUUUUGCAAUACUUCAAUUGGAAAGGGGUUACUUAGAAUGUACAAGACUGCAGGAGAGGCUAAAAUCCUUUAAUGAGAUCUAAAUUUACAAGCUGAACUGUCUACAUUCAUAAUUCAUUGUCUUUGUUGCAUUUAUAAGUGUUGACCGUGCAGAUGCAAAUUAUACUUUUAAAAAUAAAUUAAUGGAUUUCUGAAAAAAUGUAUCGUUAAAUGUUACUACUUAUUGUUUGUCCUGAAUAUGCAUUGUGUGGGAUAUUUUAAAAAAAAUUACACUGAUGUAAGACACCAGUGGAAACUUAUUGUCAUAUGCCAUUUACUUAAAAUUUAAGACCAAAGAGGGGGCAUGUAUUUUGUUUUCUUUUGAUUUUAAAUAGAACUCUCAAUCUAUAGAAUAUGUAAGAUUUUGUUUUUAAAUUAUAUGAUGAAAUCUUGGCCCCCUUGACUAUUUUAAUUUCUAAAGUUUAAGUGGUUAGUUGUUACAGUGUUCUUACAUUUUUAGAAAAUUGAGUCAUUUACAGCCUCAAUGUAGACAUGUCCUGAACACAAUAAAGAUGAAACGAUAU